AAUGUGCUUUAUAAUCAGACCUUUCCCAGGUUUCAAACCGAGCUGACUCGUUACGAGGGUGAACGCAUGAAGCUCACCUCGGAAGCCGACGAGCUUAGAGCUCUUUCUAUCAAGAGGGAGGAGGAACUCCGUGGGCUUCGGGAUUGUUUGGAGGCGGAAUCCCGAGAGAGGACUCAUCUUACCGAGCAGCUUGAGAAGAAAGAUGUCCUAAUGAGGGAGGAACUUCGAGCCAGGGACUCUAAAAUUCUCGAACUCAAACGGUACGUGAGUGAGAUAGUCCCUGAGAGAGAUACCCUCCGGGGGGAGGUGGUCUCAGUCGGACAUCAACUUGAUGAUGCGAGGGCGGAGAGUAAUAAGUGUAAGGAUCUUCACACUAAGUUGGUUGCUGCGCUUUCUGAGGUUAGGGCUGAAGCCGAGGCAUUCGUAUCCUCGUACAAAGAGGAUGCUGCUACUGCAAAUGCUAAGGCAAGGAAGGUGUUCGAGGAGGCCGAGCUGCAAUUGACCCGAGCCGUGAAGCAUGCCCGGUUAGAAUCUCGGAGGUAGGCUCUCGAGGACAUAUAUACGGGGGGCGUCGAUUUAUCCACCAAGAUCGAGAGGGUGAAGACCCUAGAGGAGGAGGCUGCGGCCCUGCUUUCUUCUGAAGGCGAGUCGAGCAGUGGUUCGAGGGAUGAUGAACAUGGAGGCGGAAUCCCCGAAGGGGAAGAGGCUAUUGAAAACCCGGGGAUCGAGGCCGGUGCUGUCGAAAGCACAACUUUUGAGG